AUGCUGAAUCACGGAAUUGAUGCCAGAUUGAAUCAUUUCAGAGAUAAAAUUCAAAGACUUUCUUCAGAGCUGACAUAGCUUGAAUAGAUAUUGCUGAUGUCUCCUGGGUAAAGGUAAUAAAUAGUCAUAGAAUGCAAGAGCGACCUAUUUGAUCCUUCAAAGCCUAUUAAGAUUCUUAAAGUAGAGAAAUUCAUUGAUAAAAUUGGUAAUUAAGAGGGUAUAGAGAUGAUGCUAGAAUAGGAAUAAUCAAUAGAUUAGAGUUUGCUAUUCCAAAAUCCAAAUAAAACUGUCUGUAAAGAUUAAAUACUAACUUAGAAAGAUUUUUAGCAAGAAGAGAAUAGACUAAUAACAAAGAUGACUUUGCUGCAUUACUCUUAAGAAUUAACAAGAGUGGAUGACUACAUUGGCGAUAAGCAGCUUAUGAUGACAUGCGUCACUGGAAAUGAUUAAGUCUACAAUAAUAGCUCGCAACAAAACCUGAACGGAGCUAAUUAUUUAGACCCUUCAAUAGUUAAUAAUCUUUAAUAUGACCAAAAUGAUAAGCAAUUAGAUCUCAAAGAUUUCCUAAUUGACCCAAGCAGACUCAACUAUUCAAACGAUACAUGCUCUUAGUUAGAUGAUAUGGAGGAAGAGUUAGAUUUUGCAGAGAGCUAGAAUUUGAUUAAUAAUAGAGAACUUGAUUAGUCUGAGGUAUAAUUCUAGAGUUAAUAGAAUAAGCAUCAGUAAAACUAUGAGUACUUUAAUAACAAUGGACAAAGAUUUAUUAAUAUGAGAAAUAUGCAGGAGGCGAGAUAAUAUUUUAAAGAGGAGUAGAGAUUUAGUUAGACUACUGUAAAUCAUUAGAUUUAAAACAGCACUGUUAUAUAUGAGGAUUUAGCUGAUGAAGUGAUGGGAGAGGGAGCUGGGACAGAAACCCAUAGAUUAUUGAGCUCUUAAGAUUUAAUGGAUUGUCUUGAGUAAAGCCAAACUCAAUUUUGA